AUGGUCCAAUACAAGCUUUACUACUUCCCUCUCCGUGGCCUGGCUGAAGUUGCCCGCCAGGUUGUUUAUUAAAAACUUUAUAAAAUAAUAAAAAUGAACUUAGCUUUUCGCUCUGGCCAAAGUCGACUACGAGGACAUUCAAAUCCCUGUCGAUCAGUGGCCAGCGAAGAAAGAAGGUUUGAAAAAAGAUUUUCACAAGGAAUGGUGAAAUUAAGAAAUGAUCUUCGCCAAGAUGCCAGUUCUGGAGGUGGAUGGAGUCCAGAUUCCUCAAUCUCUGGCCAUCGCCAGGUUCCUGGCGAGGAAGUUCGGUGAGAGGCUUUUUUGACUUGAACUUGUGCGCUCCAAGGAGAAACGAGGGCAAAGCAGGGUUUUCUAAUGAUAGUGAAGCUGUUCAGUGAUAUGAUUAGUUUGAUUAAGUGUAAAAAUGCUGAAAAAAUCUUCCAACUCUUUCUUGUGCGCUCCAAGGACAGCUCGAGUGACACGCUCACACAUUAUCAUUUCUAGGGAUCACUUAAGAGUGCUGACGGUAUUUAAGUGGUCACUAGAAAUUCCCCGACACGUCCGAUUUGCGUUACCAAUGUCCGAGUUAGGUAGAAAACCGUUGUGUGCAUUUCUAGUGAUCACUUUAGCGGCCUCAGCGCAAUAGAAAGAAUGUUUUUUUUUCUAGAACUGCUUUUCCGACAUUUACUCUAUACUAACUUGAAUCAAUCAACUUGCAGGCUAUGCCGGAAAAAAUCCAGUAGAAGAAGCUCUGGUCGACGCCUUGGCCGACCAGUACAAAGAGUUCUACACGGAGAUGUCCGACUUCUUCUAUCGGGCCGCUGGAUUCAAAGAAGGCGACGUCGAAGAAGCCAAGACUAGAGCCUUACUCCCGGCUCGCGAGAGGUUCUUCGCCUUCCUCAGCAAGUUCCUGAAGAAGAGCAAGUCAGGUGAGAUGGAUUUAAGGAAAUUUCAAAAAGUUCAAUUCAAAUUAAUCUUUGACAUUAAUUUUGAACUUCAAGAUGGGCUUUGACAUUUCUGACAUUAGUUGGGAAUUGAUUUAUAUUUUUAAAAAAACCUUGAUGAGUUUUUCGAGAAAAGAUAGAGGUCCAUUGUUUCAGAAAUUAGUCCAUACUCCUUUAAAAACCUUAUUUUUUCUUCAAAAACUUCAAUUUCCUCCCAGGAUUCCUCGUCGACGGCGGCUUGACCUACGCCGACCUGAUCAUCGUCGACAACGCGACCUCCUUGAUCAACUUGUACCCCGAUUACUUGAAAGGCUAUCCUGAGGUUAAAAAUAAAUCCGUAAAAAAUUGAAAUAAACUGAAAUACUUCCAGAUCCAAGCCUGGUACGACAAGGUUGUCAGCGUGCCAGCCAUCAAGGCCAGAAUCGCGUCUCGCCCGAAAACUACCGCAUAA